CUUACACUCAUUCUGGUCCUUCUUCCUUUCCACAAGAGUCACACACACACACUCAAUACCUUCGACUGUCAGACGAGGUGGCCGAUAAACACAUCCGCUUUCCCUCUGCAGCAGUCGUCAUCCUGUGGUUUUAAUCACCUCCACAUCUCUGCACAGCACUCAGAGCGCCAUGCCCUCUCGAUCUAUAACCAUAGUGUCCUCAGGGCCCGACAGCAGUGGGUGCACUCUCGAACUUUUGUUAUCAGGCUUGAGGAUGCACGGCACUCAGCCCAAACCCCUGUUGGAGGAGGACAGGGAGUCUGGCAUCGGCUCCACCCUUGACCUCAGCAGCGGCUUCGAGGGCUACAGGCAACAUACCAAUCACCAGUCCGAUACACCUUCACUGGGGGAGGCUGACAGGCUCCCCAAAGAGAAAGAUAGCUCUCCACAGAGUCCAAACAAGAUGCAGCAGCUCCUUGUGAAUACAUCCAAGAUCCCUCUCCUCUUCAUCCUCCUCUUCUUCUUUGUUUGCUCCCUUGACACUCUGAGCUCUGCCUUCCAGUUAGCAGGGGGUAAAGUGGCAGGGGACAUUUUCCGGGACAACGCAGUGCUGUCCAACCCCGUGGCGGGACUGGUGGUGGGGAUCUUGGUGACUGUGCUGGUCCAGAGCUCAUCCACCUCCACCUCCAUCGUCGUCAGCCUGGUGGCCUCCGGAUUGCUAGAAGUGAGGUCGGCUGUUCCAGUCAUCAUGGGCUCCAACAUUGGGACCUCAGUCACAAACACCAUAGUGGCCAUGAUGCAAGCAGCAGAGAGGACAGAGUUUCAACGUGCCUUUGCCGGGGCGACCAUCCACGACUGCUUCAACUGGCUGUCGGUGCUGGUUCUGCUGCCGCUGGAGGUGGCGAGUGGACUAAUGACCCGGUUGUCAUACCUGCUGGUCACCGGCCUCAGGCUUCAACCUGGGGAGGAGGCGCCUGAGCUGCUGAAGGUCGUCACUGAGCCCGUCACCAAGCUCAUCAUACAGCUGGACAAGUGUGUGAUCACAGGGAUCGCCAUGGGAAAUGAGGACAUGAGGAACAGGAGCCUGGUGAAAGAAUGGUGCCAGACUGACCUUGUUAUGUUCACUGGCAAUGUCAGCGCUGAAGAAUGCGGCCGAGGUCCUGACCUGUCCCAAUCCUCACUGAAGUGUAGGCAUUUGUUUGUGUCUACCGAGCUGUCGGAUCUCAGCGUGGGCCUGAUCCUCUUGGCCGGCUCUCUGGCCGUCCUCUGCACCUGUCUGCUGCUUCUGGUCAAGCUGCUCAACUCCCUUCUCAAAGGCCAAGUAGCAAAGGUCAUCCAUAAAGUCAUCAACACAGACCUGCCGCAUCCGUUUGGGUGGCUGUCAGGAUACAUGGCCAUGUUUGUGGGCGCGGGGGUGACAUUUGUGGUCCAGAGUAGCUCUGUGUUUACCUCGGCCAUGACUCCGCUCGUAGGUAUCGGCGUGAUCAGCCUGGAGCGGGCCUAUCCUCUCACCCUUGGGUCCAACAUUGGCACCACCGCCACAGCCCUGCUGGCAGCUCUGGCCAGUCCUGGGAACAAGCUAGCAGCUGCCAUACAAAUUGCUCUGUGUCACCUCUUCUUCAACGUCUUCGGCAUUCUGCUGUGGUAUCCUCUCCCCUUCAUGCGCCUGCCGAUAAGGAUGUCUCGCGCCCUGGGCGAGCGCACCGCCAAGUACCGCUGGUUCGCGGUCCUGUACCUUCUCCUCUGCUUCUUGCUCCUGCCCUCGCUGGUGCUGGGCCUCUCGCUGGCGGGCUGGCGGGUCAUGGCAGGCGUCGGGGCUCCUUUCCUGGGCGUGACCGUCUUCAUCGCCAUGGUUAAUGUGAUGCAGGCUCACAGCCCCAGCCACCUGCCCGCCAAACUCCAGACGUGGGACUUCCUGCCCCAGUGGAUGCGCUCGCUCAAACCGCUCGACCGCCUGAUCACCAAGGCUACCGACUGCUGCAGCGCGACACCUGAGGUGGGGCAGGGAGAAGACCAGGAGCACAUCUCGACACGGACGACCUCUGGUAGCCCAAAGAAAGAGUCCACACAGAGGAAAGCGGAGCUGGCUUACGACAACCCGGUCCUGGACUACCUGGAUGAGAUCAGACCAGGUGUGCGGGUUCUUAAACUGAAAGGGUUAGAGAGGUGCAACAGCACUCCCCUGUAGUCACACUGAUAAUGGAGGGCUUUUUAGACUCAAUUUUGUCAGUAGUGCUGGAGGAAAAAUAAACAAACAGCCACUGGAAUUGUAGAUGUUUAGAUCAUUUUUUAAAGGAGCAUUUUAAAUACUUCUAAUCCAUGUUUGAUUUCUAUCCAACUCCAUCUGCUAAUGGAGCCCUUAUGAUAUGAUCAGAAGCAUAAAAAGCUAGUUAAUGCAAGUGUUGUUUCAAAUGUUCAAGGUAUAAAAUGAACUUGAUGAACAUGUAACACACAGGAAGUGUAAUACACAAACUGCAUUAAAGGCAAUCUGUGGAGUUUUUGACCACUUUGGAGCAAAUGUCUGUUGUUGCUG